UGGGCGGGCUUCCUUCCGCGUGGCUCAAUCCGAGCGAAGUAAGGGGCGGAGCCUCGGGCCGGGAGCAAAGAGCCAGCAGGGCAAGCGUCAAGAUGGCGGCCGUCGCCGAGCAGGACUUGACGACCCUCAGCCUGGAGCAAUUGCCCACUGACCCGCUUUUACUCAUCCUAAGCUUCCUGGAUUACAAAGACCUCAUGAGUUGCUGUUUUGUAAGUCGUAGAUUAAAUCAACUUUCAGUCCAUGAUCCAUUAUGGAAGAGGAAUUGUAAGAAAUACUGGCUUCUUUCUGAAGCUGAAAAGUCUCGAAGAAGUAAGAGCUGGAAAGCAAUUUUCAUAGAUAUGUAUGCUGAUUUGGGAACAUAUAUUCAGUAUUAUGCUACACUUAAAAAAGCCUGGGAUGAUUUGGAAAAAUAUUUGUUGCAGCACUGUCCUCGGAUGAUUAGUUCUUUGAAAGACAGCGUUCAGGAAGAUGAUCUGGAUGCAGUGGAGGCACAGAUUGGUUGCAAAUUACCUGAUGAUUAUCGAUGUUCAUUUCGAAUCCAUAAUGGACAGAAGCUGGUUGUCCCAGGGUUGAUGGGAAGCAUGGCACUCUCCAAUCACUAUCGCUCUGAAGAUUUAUUGGACAUAGACACAGCAGCUGGGGGUUUUCAGCAGCGACUAGGACUGAAGCAAUGCCUUCCCUUAACCUUUUGCAUUCACACUGGAUUGAGUCAAUAUAUGGCUCUGGAGAGCGUGGAGGGUCGCAAUAAGUAUGAAAUCUUCUACCAAUGUCCAGAUCAAAUGGCCCGUAAUCCAUCUGCAAUUGAUAUGUUUAUCACAGGUAAUUCCUAUUUGGAGUGGUUCACCUCCUAUGUUAACAAUGUAAUAACAGGUGGCUAUCCAAUCAUCCGAGACCAGAUUUUCAGAUACGUUCAUGAAAAGGACUGUGUUGCCAAAACAGGAGAUAUUACUGUUUCAGUUUCCACAUCUUUCCUCCCUGAACUCAGCUCUGUGCAUCCGCCUCAUUACUUCUUCACUUACAGAAUCAGAAUUGAGAUGUCCAAAGAUGCACUUCCAGAAAAGACUUGUCAAUUAGACAGCCGUUAUUGGAGAAUAACAAAUGCCAAAGGUGAUGUGGAGGAGGUCCAGGGUCCUGGAGUAGUAGGAGAAUUUCCAAUAAUUAGUCCUGGUCGAGUCUAUGAGUAUACUAGUUGUACUACAUUUGCUACUACAUCAGGAUACAUGGAAGGAUACUAUACAUUCCAUUGUCUAUACUACAAAGAUAGAUUUUUUAAUGUUACCAUUCCUAGAUUUCACAUGGUUUGCCCAACAUUCAAAGUAUCCAUCGCACGUAUGGAAACCAAUCACAAUGAUUGUGCCAUGGAUGAGGAGGAAGACUCAACAGAUACUGACGAAUAUGAAGAUAGACAUAGAAUUCUAGGCAUUCCGAUUCCUUCAGGGCGUUGUCCACGUCAGACCUGAUCAGACUUUCAAAACAAUGAAUGGGGUUCUGCGAAUAAAUGAGUAUAUAUGUGUGUAUGUGUAUGUAUACACACACAUGCAUAUAUAAAUAUACAAACACACAUGCAUGUGUGUAUGUAUGUAUAUAUUAAAUACUUGACUGUGGAGUAACUGAUAUGAAUGCUGAUAGUGCUUCUGGCUUGUACCUGAUCAGGUGUACAAACAAGAUUUUCCUUUAUUUUUCAUUUGUUUUGAAGAAGAGGUAAGAUAGAAAUUCAGUAGCAUGGGAACCUUUAUUAUUCUGAAAAACUUUACUUUGGGAGUACUUUAGUACUGUAUAUAUAAAAGUUAUUUAAAUGUAGAAUGGUGCUUGGUUUUCUUUUUUAUAUAUAUAAAACUGUAAUGGCAAACAAAAUAGUAGUAAUAAGCAUGCCAUUUUCACAACAGUUUUGUAUUGUUACCUCUGAUAUAAGUGAAUGAAAUAUUUAAAGUAUUUAUGAUCUUUAGGUGGAAUUGGGUAUUCUUGUAUUGUUAAAAUUAGGACAUAUAACAGGAAACUAAAAUUAUUAGAAAAAACUGUCAUGUUUUUAAUCCUGCAUUCAUUCUCAUAAUAUAAUAGAUCUUCUACAGCCCUUCACUUUGAUUGAGCUGCACCAGAUUAUGAAAUGCAAAUUGCCUAUUACAUUUUCUCAUUUAUUAUGUAAUAAAAAUAUGUAAAUAGCAUUCGUCCUUCAAAUACCAUUUAUCUAAUGUGAUAAAUGAUUAGAAAUUUGAUUUAAAGAUAAACCUUUUGUGUUUUCUGAAUGAUAUAUGGAUUUUUAUAAUUUCUAAAAACAAACCAUUUGAAAAAUAGUCAUAGCUAAGAAUCUGCAUCAAGAGUUAUUGUAAAGAUUUUGGAAAAGUGAAAUAGUUGAAACAAGUAUUUAUAUGGUACUUAGUCCCACUGAUUUUAGAAAAGCUUUUGCAUAAACAUACAACAGGACUGAAUGUUAAAUCCUUAAUACUGGGAGAUCUGUACAGAUCCCAGUUUCAGAGUUGAUGUAGAUGGAAGUAGUACAUUGCCAUAACACAGAAUUAUACAAGAAUUACUGUAUGAACACUAUUUUUAUUUGGGAAUAGGAAAAAAUUGGUUUCCGAAUAAAUUGGAAAAGAAAUAUAGUAUAAAAGGAAAUGUUUAUCAUUCACUUCAAAGGAAUAAUGACAUGAGAAUGUGUGAGAUAAAAAUUCAUACAGUAAUUACAGUAAUUUCUACAUAAUAUUUUUUUGUAUCAGCUGAAUUAAUUGUUAGUCAUUCUUCUAUUUACUGAAGCAAAAACUUCAAGUUAAACUUCAAGACAAUGAAUCUAAAAGUUUAAUGUAAAAUGUAUUGGGGAAAUUGGAGGAAAAAACUGUUUGUACCCUAGACUUCUGGCCCAUUUUUUUUCAGGAGGGUUGAAACAAACUUUUAACGGCCAAAGACUUGAUGUUUUUGUACAGUAGUAAUUACUUAAAAUGAAUAGGACUAUGUCAUGCAUAGUGAUAGAGACAAGAUUUGGGUUUUUCCCCCUUCAAAUUACAUAUGACAUGCAAUUUUAUACUUUAAAGUUUUUUAAAACUCUGUUAAGCCUGUUAUAAGACUUGUACUAUGGUUUCUUUUUGCACUGAAAAAGGAAAUCAGAAUGCCAAAAAUUGGUUUGUAUGUACAGGGUUUGGAGUUAUUACAGCAGCAUAUUUUCUAUAAUGCUGCUCUGUAACUUCUAGUCUAAUGCUUCAUUUGUAUACAAGGCACUUUUAGAUUUACUGGGCUUGUACUAUUAUUGCUAGUAUAGGUAAAAAUAUUAAGACUAUGGAUUAGGAUACUUAAAAUCAUACACUCAAGUAUGUUGCCUUACAAGAUGCCAUUGUAUUGCAUCCAACUGAAUCUUCUCUUUUGGUGCGAAUAGCAUUAUUAAAUACACUACAUUUUA